GGGUGAUUACGGUCAGUCCAGUGCAUAAUGGCCAGACUUAGCCCGAUGAAAGUGGGCUUGGCCCUGUUUGUGAUACUCGCUGUAGAUUUCGUCGCAUCUGACGAAAAAUGCCGCACCGGAUGUAAUGGCGUCACCCCGAAGACGUUCAAGUUCGCGGAAGGUACGACGUACAAGUACAACUUGGAAAGCAACGCGGAUAUCUCUCUGUCGAGCGCGGAAGGACAACAAUCGAGCACGAAAUUGAAGGCGACCGUUCUUCUCACCCAACAGCCGAACUGCAAUCAGGUGUUGAAGCUGCAAAACGUGCAGGUCUUCGGCAGCGAUGGCAAGAAACACGGAGGAAUUCCCGAUUUGGAUAAGGCCAUCCGCCUCAACUUCCACGACGGUCACCUCGAGGACAUUGUCUGCGCGGAACCCGGAGACAGCCAGAACUCGUUGAACAUCAAGAGAGCCGUAGCCUCUCUCUUCCAAGCUGCUAUGAACCAUCAUCAUGAAACCGAUGUGUUCGGCGUGUGUCCCACGGACAUCCAUACUCGCAAGGAAGGAAACAUGUUUAUCAUCACGAAGAACCGCGCUUUGAACAGGUGCUCGCAUCGCGAGAACGUGAAGCACGACUUCAUGGCUACAGCGUUCAACCUCCACUCCGAGAUCAAGUCGAGUCCAAUUCUGAAGGGCGAUUACAAUGCGGAGAUGCGCAUCAAGGGAGGAAUCCUCGAUCACGUCCUCGUCACCGAAAGCUACCUCUACCUGCCCUUCUCCAUCGGCAAGAACGGCGCCAAGGCUUCAGUGCAAACUAAACUCCAAUACGUCUCGACCACUAAGGACGCGGCGAAGAACAAAUGCACCGAACCGAAAUCCGUCAUCUUCGAGAACCCUCAUCCGGUCGUCUCACAGAAGAGCGACGUGUCUGCACUCGUGCAGGCCGUCAAGGAUACCGCGAACACGAUCGGCGUCACCGUCGGUGAGAACACCGCAAGCAAAUUCUCCGGUCUCAUCAAGAUCACAGCAGCAGCCAAGAAGGACGAUCUGCUCGCCGUUUACAAUCAGAUCAAAUCCGGAGCCGGAUUCAGCGAUAAGACCGUCGCCAGGAAGACGUUCCUCGACGCCCUCUUCAGGGCCGGCACCGGCGAGUGCAUCGAGGUCGCCAUUGAACUGCUGAAGAACAAGGAACUCUCCGAGCUGGAGCAGAAGAUGGUCUACUUGGGCAUGGCCUUCGUCAGACACGCCACUCCGAACUCUAUGACCUCAGCUGGUGCUCUCCUCGAUCAACCACAUCUUCCGCGUGAGGCUUAUCUCGGCGUCGGCACCUUGGUUGCCCGCUACUGCGCUUCGCACGACUGCAAGAACGUUGACCAACUGAACAAGCUGACGCAGAAACUUGUCGGUAAACUGAGGGACGGCAAAGCGACCAACCGUGAGCAGGAAAACGAAAUCAUCUCCGUGCUGAAGGCCAUCGGCAACAUGAAGCAUCUCUCCGACACCGCCGUCAGCAAGAUCAUCUCCAUCGCUCAAGAUAAACGCAACCCGACGAGACUUCGCGUCGCCGCUCUUGAUACAUACCAAUCCGACGCUUGCAAGGACAAGCUCAGGGACAGCGCCAUCAACAUCUUGAAGGACAUCCAACAGGAUUCCGAGAUCAGGAUCAAGGCUUACCUCGCCGCCGCCAAAUGCCCGAACGGUAAAGUCGCCACCGCCGUGAAAGCCGUCCUCGACAACGAACCCAGUCUGCAGGUCGGCGGUUUCAUCGUCGCUCACAUCAGGAAUCUGAGGGCUUCCGCGAACCCAGACAAGGAACUGGCCAAACGCGAACUGAGCAACAUCAACACGAUGAAGCGUUUCCCGAUCGACCCACGCAAGUACUCCUUCAACUCCGACUUGAGUUACUCCUUCAACACUUUGGGUCUCUCCAACUCCAUCGAGAGCAACAUCAUCUACUCUCAAAACUCGUUCAUGCCGCGUUCCAGCAACUUGAACCUCACAACCGAGAUCUUCGGACAGAAGUUCAACUUCUUGGAGAUCGAUGCGCGUCAGGAGAACCUCGAUAAACUGUUGGAACACUACCUGGGACCGCUCGGUCUUCUGAGGAACAAGGAUGCCAGCGAUCUGGUUAACGCUGGUAAGACGAACGCGGAGAAGAUCUGGAAGCAUCUGGGAGAUCGUUGGGGCAAGACCAGGAGCAAGAGAUUCGCUCCGAAAUCCGAAUUCGACACCAUCGGCAAGCAGGUGCAGAUCAAGAGCCACGAACUCAACAACGAUCUCGAUCUGGACAUGAGCGUGAAACUGUUCGGCUCGGAAUUCCUCUUCCUCAGCGUCAACGAAGAUGCUCAUAAGUACACGCCGGAUGUGAUCAUCGACAAGAUUUUCGACAGCCUCGACUCUGGAAUUAAACACGCCAAGAACUUUGAUCACACGUUGCACUCCAACAUGAUGUUCCUGGACGCCGAACUGAGCUACCCCACUUCCAUGGGUAUGCCACUUCGUCUUGCCGUUGAGGGAACUUCCAGCGUGCAGCUGAAGGCGUCCGGAAGCAUGGACAUCAACGCUCUCUUGUCCGAUGACAAAGACACAAUUGCUAAACUCACCAUGAUUCCAUCGGCUAACAUCGAGAUCGUCGGUAGCAUGAUUCUGGAUGCCGCCGUCAUGGAGAACGGUUUGAAGGUGACCUCUACUCUUUACACCGCCACCGGUGGAGCCGCCGUCUUGGAGUUCUUCAACACCGCCAACGGCACCGACGUCAAAUUCAGUCUGCCCAUCGAUAAGCAGCAACUGCUUUCCGCCAAGCACGAGGUCGUCUUCACCUCCAGAGAGGUCGGCCACGUCGAACACCAGACCCCAUGCAAAUUCAUCGAGAACAAGGACUUCUCCAUCUGCUUCGAUCAACUGAGCCCGAUGAUCGGUCUCACCGCUUGCGCCGAACUCAACGGACCCAAUCCGCAACUGAACCAAGGCGUCAGCCUUCCGUUCCCCUUCAACGGCAACUCGAAGUUCGCUGUUUGGAUCGAAAAAGAGAUGCCCGUCACCUACCAUUACCGCGAGAGCGUGCUCUUUACAUCCGAUAAAAUGGGAUUGGAAUUCCUCUGGGAAACUCUCGGCGAAGACAACAAACCCAAGGUCAGCCUGAAGAUCGAAGCUCAAGCUAUGCCUGAGAAAUUCAUCAUCGCCACCCUGGAUUCGCCGAUCAAGAAGAUCACCGUGGAGAGCAGAGUUACCGAUAGCGACAAGGAGAAGUCCUUCUCCGCCAAACUCUCCCACGACGGUCACGAGUAUUCCGGCAAAUUGGGUGUGGGCAUUGCGAAGGCAGGUGCAAAGUCCACCUACACCCCGCUCAUCCAGUACAAGACACCGAACGUGCAAGGCAUCCAGAAGUCUCCGUACACCGUCGAAGGAACCAUCACCGGUGAAGAAUCCGGAGACGACAAGAAGUUCACCUUCAACAAUGUGAGACUCGUCUCGCCGGACCGUAAACCGAUCACCAUCACCGGAAACGUCGGCAGGAAGGCCGGCGCAUACUACAGCGACAUCUCCGUGAGCGAUGGUUCCAACUCCGGCAGCUUCAAGGGAGACGUCAAGGUCAUCGAAAACACCAUCAAGGUGAACGGAGAAAUGAGCAACACCAUCAGCCCGAUGUCCAACUUCAAGAUCAAGUACGAUCUUAAUCGUAAAGAGGAAUCCGUGAGCAGCGAUUUGAUGGUCGUUCACGGCACCGAUCUCAAAUCAAAGAAGAACGUCAUCAAGAUGAAGAAUUCCGUGGAAUGGGGAAAGAAGGACAGCGACUUAUCUCUGGUCACCAAGAACUCAUUCUCCUAUCCUCUGAUCGGAGUCUCCAUCAAAUUCGACGUCACCGAUAAGAAGAACCUAAUCGGACACGACAUUGAACUGCAGUACAACAACAUCAAGGUCGGCACCGAAAUGGACUUCAAGACUGACAUGAAGAACAAGGGCGAUUACGAUUUGGAGUUCGAAAUUUACGGUUUGGACAACAAGUUCGAGCUGGAUUCUAAAUGCGAGGUGCAAACCGCUGGCAAGUACAAGGUCGACAACAAGGUCGAACUUAACGGAAAGAAGAUCGAGGUGCACGGUAUCGUCACGCACAAGGUGAAACCCCAUGACGUCGACGUCGGAGCCAAGCUCACCGUCAAAUGCAACCAACACGCUGAAACCAUAAGCGUUGAUCACGCCUUGGUCUACGUACCUGAAGACCUCAAGACCCACCUGAAGAUCUCGACCCCGAGCAACGUUUUCGUCGACUUUAACCUGAAGGCCGCCAAAGUGUCCGGUGCCAACGGACACAUCAAGAUCAGCCUUAAAGACAUCCUCAAUGUGAACGGUGAAAUCAAGGCAGACAAAUGGAACGGCAAAGCCCAUCUGAUCGUCGAUCUGGUCAAACUGCAGCGCAAGCUGAAGACCGAGAGCGUCUUCAAACUGAUCGCUCCAGUGUACAACGUCGAUGUAUCUUUCUACCCCAACUUCGAGAAGGAUAAUAAAAAGAUGAUCGUCUCCACUCACAACCAAAUCAAGGAGGGAUCCGUCGACUCGAAGAACAGCGUCGAUGCCUUCGGCAAGAAACUCGAGUGCAACGUGAAGGGCAACAUUCAAGGAAACCCCAAAAACGACGGCAAACUCUCCGGAGACAUUGAACUGAUCCUGCCCAAUGACAUGUAUUUGGCUGGUAAGAUGAGCCAGGAAGCGCACAUCGUCAACGGCAUUGGCAACUACAACGUCUUCUACAACGUGGAGCAACGCAACAACAAGAACGCCCCAGGCAGGAAGGCCAGCGUCAAGGUCAUCGCGAAGGAAGUCAACCCAAAAAUGCACACAUUCAACUUGGACGUGAAUCUCGCGCUGGACGAUAGCAACGGAAAAUCUCUGAACAGCGACUUGAUGGUCGUCAAGACCGAAGAACAGGACGGACGCCGAAACAUCGACGUGAAGGGAAAGACUUACGGUUCCGUCUUGCACGAUCCGAUCAACUUCAACCUCAACUCCAACUGCAAGGAUAAGAACGUCAACUUCCAGAUGAACACUCAGCUCACAAAGACGAAUUCGUUGAGCUUGGAAGGAAGUUACGAUCUCCGCGGUGAAGGCAAUCCUCUCUCCGGCAAAAUCAAUUUAGAUGUGAAGACCGACAACCCUAAACUGAAGACCGUCCAGGCCGCCUGCUCCGGCAAAUACCUCGCCAACGAUGACAUCUUCGAACUGGAGGGAAGCAGCAAACUGUUCAUCGACGAUGACGGAUCCGUUCCGGACGCGACCGUCAACAUCGAAUCAGAAGGUAGCGUGAAUUUGGGCAAAGAGAACGGACAGAUCAAGGGUCUGCUGAAGUUCCAAAAGGCCGAUCCGAUUAUCGUCGCUCUCGGCUACGCCAGGACGAACGCGAACGGAAUAUUGAAAGGGCAAGCGGACGUUUCUCUGCAAUACGCCAAAGGGAAGAACUUGAAAGGAGACUUCUCUGUCGUUCACGUCAGCAAGAACGAAAUGCACUUGGAGAUGAAAUUGAGCACACCAUUCGAACACGCCAAGCUUACGACCAUCCAACAGAAAAUCACUAGAUCCGAAGACAGAAAGCACGCGGCGACGCACAUAGUGUUGACCGUUGACGACAAGAAAUACGUUAUAGAAGAAUCGUUGGACAACACCGAGACUUCCCCCGGCUUCCUGAUCCAAGUAACGAUGCCUGAUGGUAAAACCGAUAAGAUAUCCGUCAAGAUCAACAAACCAAAUCCGACCAAAUUUGGCUCCGAAGUUAUCGUCGCCCUGAACCAAUACGAUUUCACCUUCGACGGAACCGUCGACGCUAACAUUGAAAGUAUCGAAGAUUUCGCGCUCACCGUCAAAUUGGAUUCUCCCAAAUUGAAGAUGGACAAGAUCGUGUUGGAGGCGAAGAACAAGCACAACAAGGCAGCCAAAGAAAUCGAAAUUCACGCGACCGCAAACGGAAAGAACAUCAUCAAGGGUAGCACCAAGUACAAGACGCGCGACGAAGGAGGCAAGUACAUCGCCGAAGGAUCCGGAGAGUUCACGGUCAAGGAUCAAAAGCAAACCGGUAACUUCAAGCUGAUGAAGCAGACCCUCGUCAUGGACAAGAACGGAGAGCAAGGUUUCGAGAUCUCUUUCGACGCUGUCCUCGGCAACAAGGCCGUCGACGCCGACCUGAAGAUGAGCAACAAGCAAUUCAGAGUGAUGAAUUCCUAUUGCGAAGAGAAGAAGCAGUGCGCCCACUUCGAGGUCGACUCGAAAUUCACGAGGAUGGACAUCAACGAAUUCCUCCAUGAACUCGAAGUUAACGUUGAUUUGAGGAAGUUGGGACUGUUGCACGAGUGCGGUUUGAAGGCCGUCACCUCUCGUAAGCAACUCGUUUUGGAUCAUACCGUCGACUUCCACUUCCAGAGCCAAGAGAACAACAAGUACCAGUACAGUCUGUACUUGCACCCGAAAGAAGCCGGAGUUUCGUUCACCACUCCCAAGAGGACCGUCGCGGCUGAAGCUCAUCUGACUCUUCCAGCCAAGAACAACAAGGGACCGAUCAAGGGUGAAUUGAACUUCUUCUUGAACAAGAAAACCGACCCAACCAAGAAGACCACCGUCUCUAUGCAAAUCGAACAUGUCGGAGAUGACAAGAAGGGAGGUGUCAACGCGGACGCCAAGUUCAGCACUCCCGGUCUCCCCAAGGAACUCUCCGUCUCCUACAAAGGCAAAUACGAUGUGACCGCACGUCUCCUCGAAUUCACCGCCCUCGUCGACGUCUUCGGCAAGGCCAACCAGAAGAUCCACAUCACCGGCAACAGCCAGGUCAACAGGAACCCCGGCAAAUACUCCUACGAAUUGCACGGAACAGCCAAGAGCCCAGGUCUCGGCAUCGAUCUCAUCUACGACGAUCUCAUCUACAGCUACGACGCGAAGACGCACGAGUUCGCCAGCAGCACGAAACUGGGCGGCACCGUCAGCGGAAAACACUGCAUGAGCGAGUUCCAAUUGGAAGUCAAUCAACACAAGAUCCAUCAUCUGUUGAAACUGAUGAACAACGAAAUCUACAACAUCGACUGCAGGAUGCAGCUGUCCAAGGACGCGCAGAUCGUCGACACCGAAACCAAGAUCUUCGGCCUGAAACCGACCACCUCUCACCUCGAGAUCAAGCAGUUCAACACUCUGAAAUUCGUGUUGGCACUGAAGGAGAACCCCGGUAAUCAGUUGGUCAUCAACUCUGCGUUCAUCCCCGGACAAAUCGCCGAUUUCCGUGCACAGAUCGGAUCCAACGAACUGAUGAAGGCUUCCGUGAAGCUCGACGAAGCGAACUUCCUGAAACCCGAGUACGGCAUGAAUCUGGAACAGAUCAAAUCUCAGGUGCUUCAACCCGCUCAGCAGGGAGUCUCGAACAUGCUCAAAGAGAGUAAGGUCGUGUCCGGAAAGUUGUCCGACGAUGCCGCCGCCUGCACCAAGCAUUUCGGAGAGCUCAUCAAGAACAACAUGCCCGACAUGAAGCCAAUCCAAGAGUACUACAGCAAGGAAUUCACUAGCCUCAAGGAGGAACUGAACGCCGACAAGACCAUCCAACAGAUCGCUGAAUUAUUCAAGGGAACUUUGGGAGCAGUCGCUAAGACGAUGUCCGACAUCAUCACCAAGUUCAACGAAAUCACCGCUCAAUCCGUUGCCACCAUCAAGGCUAACAUCGAUAAAUUCGCUCAAAUCUUCGAAACUGAGAUCAUGCCGAAACUGAAGCAGGUCAUCGAUAGCUUCUUGAACAUCACCACCGGAAUCUUCGAGAAGAUCUCCGACGUCUUCUUCACCGUUUUGGGCAAAUGCAGCGAAUUCCUGGACUCCCAUCAAGCUGAACUCAAGCAAUUGGCCACCUCCGUUUCGAGCAUCAGCCACGAUUUGGGUCGUUUCCUCAACUUGAACUACGAGAGAGUUCGCACUUUGGUCGUCGAUACCGUUAAGAGGAUGUACGAAGAGAUCAAGGCUCUGCCGUUGUACGAGGAACUGAAGAACAAAUGGGAAAUGAUGUUCAAGGAUUUGGGCGGCGUCACCGAACCGCUCAUCAACAUGAUCAAGGACGCUCUCGGCACCCUCAAGGAUGUCCUUCCAAACGAAGACCUCAAAGAACUGAUCAGCUCCAUCACCGAUUACAUCGAGAAGAAACUGAGGAACGAGAAGGUCGACGAUAUGGCCGCCCUCGAAGCGAUCGUGAAGAACAUCGUGAAGAGCGUGAAGAAGUUGGUCGCACAGUUGAACUUGCACGAGUACAAACUGAUCGAUCCGUCCGCCUUCGUCACCGAUCACGUUUACGCUAUUCCCAGAUUGGUCGCAGCCAGAUUCUCGCCGCUCCACCAUCUCCUCUCCGGAGAGUACGGCAUUGAUACGCUGAAGGAAAGCAUGUACGGCAUCAGCUUCAACCCGAAGUCGUGGGUUCCACCGUUCCGCAUGUACGCCGUCGUCGUUCAAGGACAGCACAUCUUCACCUUCGACGGAAAGCACGUCACCUUCCCAGGUAAAUGCAACUACUUGUUGACCCGCGACGCCGUCAACGGAAACUUCUCCGUCGCCGGCACCUACACCAACGGCAUCAUGACCGCCAUCACCGUCACCGACAAGACCGACUCGAUCACCAUCAAGAAGGGUGGACAAUGCAUGCUGAACAAGGACUCGACGGAUUUCCCGAUCCGUCGCAGCCAGAUGGAAGCUUUCCGUCUCUACACCACCGUCAACGUCGUCUCGAAGGCCGGCAUCAAUGUGCGCUGCGACUUGCAGCUCACCUCGUGCGUCUUCAGUGUAUCCGGUUUCUAUCACGGACAGUUGAGAGGUCUUCUCGGCAACGGCAACAACGAACCCUACGACGACUUCACGAUGCCCAACGGCAAGAUCGUCACCUCCGAGGCGGAUUUCGGAAACUCGUACAAGAUGUCCCCGCAAUGCCCGACCAUCAAAACCGUCGAUCACAGCGCCCACCAUCACGCGCCGUCCUGCAACAAACUCUUCGGCACCGAUUCCAAUCUGCGUUUCUGCUUCCCGUUCGUCAAUCCGGACAACUUCAGGAUGGCCUGCGAUCACGGCGUCGCCGCCGGCGUCAAGGACACCGAAGAAUCCGUUGCUCUGGGUUACGUCGCCGCCUGCUUGAGCAAGAACAUUCCGAUCAAGAUGCCCGCGGAAUUCAUGAAGUGCCGGAACUCUGAUCAGCCGAGGGACAUCGGUGAUAAGUUCUCCGUGAAGGUUCCGGCCAAAGCCGCCGACGUCAUCAUCGUCGUCGAUCAAUCCAAGAGCAACGAGGCCAUCUACAAGGAUCUGGUUCAACCGAUGGUAGCCGAUCUGAACAAGGAGUUCGCCGCCAAAGGCAUCAACGACGUCGAGUACCAUCUGAUGGGUUACGGAGGUGAGCACGGAAAUUAUCCGUCGCACUUCACCAGCGGCGGAAAGAUGAGCUGGAAGGGUAAACUGCCCAACAUCAAGUUCGCCGAUUCUCCGAAUAAGAAGGACGUCGAUCUGGGACACGAGAAGGCUAACCAAGCCGUCGACAUUAUCAAAAUGAUCAAGGAUGAGAUCGUCCUGAUCACCGGCGCCAAGGCUCAAGCUAAAGCGUACUACGAAGCCCUCAAGUAUCCGUUCAGGGCUCACGCCGCGAAGACCUUCAUCGCCGUCACCUCAGAACCUUGCCAACCCGCCAAGAUGGCGUUCCUGCAGAAGGUGCACGCGAUGAUCGAAACCGAACCCAACGUGAACAUCAACCUGAUCACGCCCUUCAAGGAUUUCAAGCUGAAGGACGCCAAGGUCACCAAGGGAGUCAUCGGUUUCAACGCUCGCAACGUCUUCACCUUAUCCGACGCCAAGAAGAAGCCGGAAGGUACUUCCGAGUUGCACAAGGAUCUCGAGUACGAAGAUUUCUGCGUCGACUUCACCACCAAGAACGACGGCAACGUCUUCGUCGCCGACAACUUCGUCAGCGCUAAGGGUGCCUCCAAGAAGCAGUACGUCCAGUCCGUCGCCCAUAACAUCGUCCACCAAAUCCUCAGCGUCGAGAAGGGAUACGACUGUGAAUGCUCCUACACGGACAGUUUCACCGCGUCCAACCAAUGCCACGCCGUUUACAGCAACGCCAAAGAAGUCAAAAAAUCUCAAAAGAAGAAGUAAGCGUCAGGCGGCAGCAGCGAUCAGUUCAACAUCUUUCUCGCCUAAUUAAGUAACAUUUAAGAAGUGAUUAUAAAACAUACUAACAACUAUACACGAACAGAAAAGCUUUCUUAGUUUAAACGCCGAUACGAAAAGCAAACAUCACACACUAAGUCGUGUAAUUAAUGUAUAAUUUAGACAUGUAUCAAAUAAAUAUAUACAAAUAAAAAUACAAACCACAAACAA